CGUAUUUCCAUUUUUUUCACCAGCCAAUCUCCUCAGUUCAUUCCGUAGUCCUCACCGUGGCAGAUUCGCCAUCUCAGCCCCUCGAGCAGCGCGCAUUACGACCAUCGCCGUUCUUCAGGGGAAGUUUUCCGGCGGCGUCGGCGCGUCAGGGUUAGUCUUUAUGGUGGACCUGGAAGGAUAAUGCCAAGAGAAAGCAAUGAAAGAUCUGAAAGAUAGGUGCAGGGUGCUGACUCUGGUCAUUUUGGCCAUACUGGUUGCAAUUCUUGGUUUUUAUGGUUUGGUGAAACCUGUGUCUAAUGGAUGUGAUAUGACAUAUAUGUACCCAACGUAUAUCCCAAUCUCGUCACCACAAAAUGUCUCGUCGGGGAAGUACGGGCUGUAUCUGUAUCAUGAAGGGUGGAAGAAGAUUGAUUUCGCAGAUCACCUCAAGAAGCUCAAUGGCGUGCCGGUUCUUUUCAUUCCAGGCAAUGGCGGUAGCUACAAACAGGUGCGAUCUCUGGGAGCAGAAUCCGAUAGGGCAUAUCAAGGAGGCCCUCUUGAGCGUACCUUUUACCAGGAAGCUUCCCUAACUCCUGAAGAAGGAGGACUGGAGAUGGAUGUAGCAGGCUUGCAGUUACCCAGUCAAUAUUCACGUCGGUUGGAUUGGUUCGCUGUGGAUCUUGAAGGUGAACAUUCUGCAAUGGAUGGUCGAAUACUUGAAGAACACGCUGAAUAUGUUGUAUAUGCCAUUCACAGGAUAUUGGAUCAAUACAAAGAGUCUCGGGAUGCUCGUGCAAGGGAAGGUGCUGCAACCUCUGGGAGUUUGCCAAAAAGUGUCAUAUUGGUUGGCCAUUCCAUGGGUGGUUUUGUAGCUAGAGCAGCUAUUGUUCACCCACAUCUCAGGAAAUCAGCUGUUGAAACUGUUUUAACGCUUUCCAGUCCACAUCAGUCUCCUCCAUUAGCAUUGCAGCCAUCACUGGGGCACUAUUUUGCCCGAGUAAAUGAAGAGUGGAGAAAAGGUUAUGAGGUGCGAACCAAUCAAGCCGGGCAUCAGGUGUCUGAUCCUGCACUAUCUAAAGUUGUCGUAGUCUCUAUUACUGGUGGAAUUAAUGAUUAUCAGGUUCGCUCAAAGUUAGAAUCACUUGAAGGUAUUGUUCCAAGCGCUCAUGGCUUUAUGAUCACUAGUACAAGCAUGAAAAAUGUGUGGCUAUCAAUGGAACAUCAGGUUAUUCUGUGGUGCAAUCAAUUAGUUGUACAAGUAUCACACACCCUCCUCAGCUUGAUAGACUCAAAAACGGGUCAGCCUUAUGAUGAUACUCGUAAACGACUAGCAAUAUUCACAAAAAUGCUGCGGAGUGGCAUAGCGCAAAGUUUUAAUCAGAUGAAGCAAUCGCAAAAAUCUACGCAGUCAAGUCUUUUUCCCACUAUGGGUGAAAGAGGAUCUCAAGGUCACAUGUUACCUGAAUGUCCAGCCAAUGUUCAAUGGAGUAAUGAUGGCCUUGAAAGGGACCUAUACAUUCAAACGAAAACAGUUACAGUUUUAGCAAUGGAUGGGAGAAGACGAUGGUUGGACAUUCAAAAACUGGGAUCUGAUGGGAGAAACCAUUUCAUACUAGUCACAAACCUUGCUCCCUGUUCUGGCGUUAGACUUCAUCUUUGGACUGAAAGGGGAAAGUUACCAUCGAACUUUCCUGUGGAUAAAAGAGUACAAGAGGUGACUUCAAAAAUGGUGCAUAUUCCAUCAGGGCCUGCACCAAGGCAGAUUGAACCAGGUGGUCAGACUGAGCAACCACCUCCAUCUGCUGUCUUUAUGUUGGGUCCCAAGGAUAUGCACGGUUUCAGAUUUCUAACUAUUUCUGUUGCACCUCGUCCGAGCAUCUCGGGCAGACCUCCUCCAGCAGCUUCCAUGGCAGUUGGACAGUUCUUUAAUCCAGAGGAAGGGCAAAAGGAGUUCUCUCCUCUCAUGUUGUUUUCCUCUAGCUAUUCUCAUAAGGACAUAUUCUUGAAGGAGGAUCAUCCUAUUGCUUUUAAUCUGUCCUUUGGAAUUAGCUUAGGCCUUUUGCCUGCUACAUUAUCUUUGAAAACUGUUGGUUGUGGCAUAAAAGACUCUGGGCUUCCAGUUGAAGAGGCCGGUGAUACUGAAAAUAGCAGACUUUGCAAAUUGCGCUGCUUCCCCCCUGUAGCACUUGCUUGGGAUGUUACGGCAGGACUUCAUGUCAUUCCAAACUUUUAUGUUCAGACAAUUGCUGUGGAUUCCGCACCAGCGCUUUGGAGUUCAACUCAAGAAUCUGAUAAAACCAUUAUUCUGCUGCUGGUGGAUCCUCACUGUUCAUACAAAAGCAGCAUUACCAUCUCAUUUACCGCAGCUGCCAGCAGGUUUUUACUUCUGUACAGUUCACAGAUAAUUGCUCUAUGUUUUGCUGUUAUCUUUUUCGCAUUAAUGUGUCAAGCACAUGCUUGGGAUCUCAAUUCACCUAUUCCUUCAAUGCUGAGAGCAGUUCAAUCAAAUUUGAGGAUGCCUUUUCCAGCUUUGCCCCUGAUUGUUGUGCCGAUCUCGGUUGCCUUGCUACUCUCUCUGCUAAUUGACCAAUCAGUUCCUCCAAUCAGCUUUAUCCUCAUCUCAACUCUUUGCUAUUUACUUGCAAAUGGUUUCAUGAUCGUCUUUGUAUCAAUCUCCCAAUUGGUCUUCUAUGUGGCUGCUGUCAUGCAGAUUUUCAUCAAGACAAGGUGGCAAUUGGGGGAGCGGGUUGAGCUGUUCCAUCACUUUACUAAUCUUUCUUCUGGUUUCUUCUCAUUAAAGGUGGUUCGGUUUGUAGCUGCAAAUUCAUCCCUGGUCAUAGCAACGGUUGCGAGUACCUUCGUAUGCCUUGUCCAUCCAGCGUUGGGCUUGUUCAUACUUGUUUUGCUUCAUGCUUUCUGCUGUCAUGGUGCUCUAUGCAGUUUUUUUACGGCUUCGUUUCGCAGUCAUACACGAAGGAUGGAUUUUUCAGAAUAUAAAAAGGAUGUCAGUGACAGGCCUUCCCAUUUUUCUGUUGAUUCUGAUCACAAAUCCAGGGAUUCCCUUUUGGGAGACAACUACUCUAGUAGUCUGGAAUCAGCCAGAAGUUUUGCAGACACGCAAUUAGACUUCUUCCAUCACCGGCAUGGCUUGUUGGUGUUACAUCUUCUGGCAGCACUCAUGUUUGUCCCAUCUCUAGCAGCCUGGUGGCAGAGGGUUGGGACAGGUCAGAGUUUCCCAUGGUUGCUUGACUCAGUUCUUUGCAUCUGUGUCAUCCUUCAUGGUAUUUGCAAUCCGAAGCCUGACUCGACUUUCUUCUCUUUUCCCUCGUCAAGCAUCAUCAGAGGGGAAAUGAAAAUGUACUACAUCUACCAGUUCGCUGGGUGUUAUUCUUUUCUCUCUGGUCUGGCCUUGGCUCCUUACAGAGUUUUCUACGCCAUGGCCGUGGUCGGGUUUCUUUCAUUGGUGUUGAAUGUCUUGCAGAAGAGAAGCAAGGAAAAAGGAGAAGCACAUACAAAAAGGAGAAAGCAUUCCCACAGACACUAAGAAAAUUGUCAACUAAAACUGUAAGCUUCAAAGCUUCUCACGGUAUGUGAAUAACCAUGAAUUUUGCAAGGCAAGGCUUAAUUUGCUGCUUCUUAAUUUGCUGCUUCUUGUUGUAAUAUCUUGUGUGAAAAAGUAGGAGAUGUAAUACAGAUUGUAGGCAAAAUUUUGUAAACAUUUGGGGCUCAGCCCCAUUCUGAGUGUGAAAGUGCCUUUUGCGAGGGAUAUUGCUCAACUUUUGGUGUCAACAGAAAGAAAUCAUUCUUC